CACAACACAGGAACUGCAGUUUCGUUGCAAACAGAACUAAUUUCCCGGAUAAAUUUGCUUGCUCUAACAUACGUUAGCACUUAUUGAUCUCUAUUUUCUCGAUUUAACUUCUUCAAGCGGACUAAAUAAUGAACUCUAUCCUUUGUCACUUGUUUACCUGCGUCUUACCCCUUUUCCUCCCUUCACCCCCAAGGAAGCCGACGCUAGCCUUGACUUUCCGUCAAUUCAGUAAUUAUAUGUGUGUACAUGUGUCAGCGUGCAAUAGGGAGUUAGUAGGUGGCAGAGAGUUUGCCGUGCCGAGUUCCGAGAGCCGAGAGAGUGAUGCAGAGCGAGCGGCGGCGGCGGGGUCCGACAACGGCUUUUUUUUCUUCGUGUCUUUUCUGGUUUAUACUUUCGAGGUGUUCAUUUCCAGGAUCCUAAAAGCUUUGGCUCAUUGGCUGUUUCGUGCUGGCUGUCUGUAAUCUAAGGUGCUUAUUUACAUUUUUCCAGUUUGUGCGAUUGCGAUUGAUGAUUGGGGGUUCGCUGACGGGUUGUGUCACGAUUGUCAC